CCCCUCCUGUGCUCACGCGCCGAACACAUGGCUGCCUGCGUCGACAAGUGGCACCCUACGCAUCCCGGCCGCCUCUCCAGCGCAAUCUACCGUUUCUUGCCGGAUUGCACCAAGGACCGCCCGGCGGCCGCCGCGUCGGUGGGCGCGGACGCGAGCGGUAGCGGCAGUGGGUGCUGCGUCCGCGGCGAUGACGUCUGGGACGAGCUGCGCGCAGAGGCGCAGGCCGACGCGGACGCCGAGCCGCUCCUCCGCAAGUUCUACGGCGACCUCGUCCUAUCGCGGCCGUCGCUGGAGGCCGCCCUCGCCGCGCACCUGGCCGCCAAGCUCUGCGUCCCCGGCGCUCUGCCGCAGGACGCGCUCCGGGACCUCCUCGCCGGGGCGCUGGCCGCGCACCCGGAAGCCGGCCGCGCCGCUCGCGCCGACCUCCUCGCUGCACGAGACCGCGACCCGGCCUGCGACAAGAUGGUCCACUGCUUCCUCUACUACAAGGGAUUCCUCUCCCUGCAGGCGCACCGCGCCGCCCACGGGAUCUGGUCCGAGGGCCGCAUGGCCGCGGCGCUCCUCCUCCAGAGCCGCGUGUCCGAGGUGUUCGGCGUGGACAUCCACCCCGGGGCGCGCAUUGGCUGCGGCAUCCUGUUCGACCACGCCACGGGCGUUGUCAUCGGGGAGACGGCCGUCAUAGGAAAUGACGUCUCCAUACUUCACGGCGUGACGCUGGGCGGCACGGGGAAGGAUUCCGGCGACCGGCACCCCAAGGUCGGGGACGGGGUGCUGAUCGGCGCCGGCGCAAGCGUGCUCGGCAACGUGCACAUUGGCGCCGGGGCGAAGAUCGGAGCAGGGGCAGUCGUGCUCCGAGACGUGCCGGACGGAACCACGGCCGUUGGAAACCCCGCGAAGGCGAUCGGGAAGAAGGCGGCGCCGCAGAGGCGGCCGGAAGAGCAGCCCGGGGUGGCCAUGGAGCAAGGGUGCUCGGAUUUCGUGAUUUGAAGGCUUUCGAGGGGUGCGAGUGCAAAUAUUUAGCGCAAGAGAGUUUCCCUCCAAAAGAUGUUUGUGGUUAAUGACAUUGAGCCCCAGUGCAAAUUCAUACCGUUUUUUCUGUUCCUUUUUCUUUUGUUUUUGGAAGGAAUAACGAAAUAUGCAUCUGAAGUCAUCGGUUGCUUGUACAUAUACUCUAGUUCAUUCCAGCGGGCUUUUCCUACAUGGGACUUUAUACUGUUCAAGUACUAGCUUUGACGAAGUAGACUAGUAGAGGUUCGACAUUGGUAUGUUUUGUAGGAGGUCAACCAGCCGAUCAACGGAUUGAUUCUGUAAGCACAUCUUGAAGGGCUGCUUCAAACAAACCAGAGCACCAUGAAGUAUAGCAGUUCCAUCACGAC